GCCUAACACUUUACACCGGAGCGCUCCGAAGCCGCCCGAGCCAUGGCAGCGCUGCUGUGGCUCCUUCCGCUGCUUCUGGCAGACGCGAAAUGGGAAGGUCGGGCGAACUGCAGAAAGGUGCAGAGGCCGGCGGAGAGCUUGGAUCAGUGCCAGAGGCACUGCACGUCCGGUGGCUGCAGCGCUUCCUUUGACCCGGAAAGCCAGACCUGCACCUUGCAGGAAGCACACCCCAGCAGCAAGUGCGGUGAGCACGUAGAGGUCUAUGUCAUGAUGCCUUUAGACCUGGUGGGCACUGAUGGCAUUGCCAGCCAGGAGAGCGCCUGGACAAGAUCUGGGCUGCCCUCGAAACAUCUGGCGCAGAUGGCUUCAUGGUGGACAGCUGGUGGGGCAUCACCGAGCCCGAGCCCAAGGAGUACAACUUCGCGGCCUACCGGGAGCUGGUGAAUCAGGCCAAGCUCCGGGGCUUCAAGGUGCAGGUGGUGAGUUCCUUCCACCAGUGCGGGGGCAACGUAGGUGACGAGUGCUACAUCCUCCUACCAGACUUUGUCCGAAACACAUCAGGCAUUUGGUACAAGGAUGCGGAGGGGCAAGAGACACAGGAGUACAUCUCUCUCUUUGCUGACACCGUGGAGAUUGCUGGGCGCACGCCGUUGCAGAUGUACGGCGACUGGUUUGCCGCUUUCGCUGCUGAAUUUGCCGCUGAACUUGGGGAUCCCAUCGUAGAGGUGAUGGUUGGCUUGGGACCCUGCGGAGAGAUGAGGUACCCCUCCUAUCCGCUGGACCGUUGGAAUUUCCCGGGCAUUGGCCAGUUUCAGUGCUACGACGAGCACGCUUUGCAGAGUCUGAGGCUGGCAGGCGGAGAGCAUCGCUUGCCGCGUGAAACGGGGACCUACAACAGCCGUCCACAGGACGCGAGUUUCUUCUCGCAGGGCUACGCUUCGCCAGAUGGCCAACUUUUCUUGGAGUGGUACUCAGACUCGCUGAAGCGUCAUGCCAGUGAUGUCCUUCGCAGCGCACGCGCUGCUUUCCAAAACAAGCUCCGUUUGGCGGCGAAGAUCUCGGGGCUCCACUGGUGGUACAGCGACCCGAGCCAUGCGGCGGAGGUCACCGCAGGUUACUACAACACCAACGGUCACAAUGCUUACGCUGAGAUUGCCAAGGUCUUGAAAGCUGCGGGUGCGGAUGUCUUUGACUUCACGUGUUUGGAGAUGCGUGACCGGGAGCAGCCCAGUGAGGCUGCUUCCAGCCCAGAGAACUUGAUUCAGCAGAGCCAAGCUGCUGCAGCAGCUGCGGGGCUGAGCUUCGCGGGCGAGAACGCGCUGCAGCGGUACGACCAAGCCGCUUACGACCAGAUGCUGUCGUACAAGGACCAGUUGCACUCCCUCACCUACCUGCGCGUGACGGAGACGCUCAUGCGUCCUGUCAACCUCCAGAGAUUCAGGCGCUUCGUCAAGAGCAUGCAUGGAACCGCCAAGGCGGAGACUGGGCCCGCUAUGAACGAUGAGUCGGUCCAGCCAGCCCAACGCUCCUUCCAGGCAGCUUCGCACCAGGCCUUCGGGGCUCGGGAAUUCGAGGCUUGUGCCUACAAAGGUUCUGCAUGGAUUGUAUUGGGAUUCUGGCUUACAGCUAUACUUCUCCAGUGAGCAUCUCGCAUCUUGAGCGGGUCGGCUUGAGAACCAAACAGUUAGUCAAAGGAAGUUUAACAAGAAACUUCCGUAGUACUGGAACUAAGUGAGCUAGCUGCUUUGACAUAUAGCUAUGACAGGUAGCUAGGAACAUGGCCAUGGAGCGGUUUAUCCCUAGCAAACAUACCAGGGCGAAGGGUUGCGCCAGGCUUUUCUGCUCGUUUGUUCAAGCCAAGCAACCCUUCCAAUGUGCAUGAACAGCACUCCCUUUCCAAAAGGCAAAGGGAACUGCUUCUACUGCCUGGUUUCAGGAGCCAGCAAGCAGGAGCAUCUUGCAUGUGUGGCCAACAAGAGCCAUGCUUGUCCACCGCGGCAAA